CGGAAGGAAGCGUUGGUUCUUCUCAGACGCAAGAAGCAGCUGGAAAAGGCAAGAGACAAAAGACUGCAACAACUAGCCAACCUGGAAGCGCUGGAACUUCAACUGGAUACCGCCAAAGACAACCGGACGGUUAUUAACGCCCUGUCGACCGCCGGUGAAGCACUGAAGACUACUACCGGUGGUGCAGAGGGUGUCGAGGAGGUUGAGCGUACAAUGGAUGACCUAGCUGAGCUCAUGGAGGACAACGAAGCGAUCUCCAGGGCUCUUGCUUCUCCAACUAGGGAGACUGAAAGUGAGGCAGACUUGAAGAGCGAGUUAGACGAACUUCUGGCGGAGAAGACUGAGCCCAAACCGAAGGCUACCUCUGCAGACGAGCGCGGGGAGCCAUCUCAGGCUGAACUACUCCGCCAGCUGGAAUCGCUACGGGUUUAUGAGUCUUCGGAGCCUCGCGCGCCUUCAAAGGCUGCAUCAGCUCAGUGA